CGUCAGGCUCCCGCGGCCCGAGCGGCUGCCCGGCGCGGCGCGGCGCAGUCGGCCCCAGUACUCCCGGUAACGAGGAGCUGUCCUCGGCCGUCCCACCCUCCGCCGCUGUCGCCGGGCCGCGCCGCUAACCGGGACGCGCCUCCGCGCUUCUCGCCGCCUCCACCCCUCGCCGUCCGCACACACACCAUGACGAAGAAAGAGAAGAAGUCCUUCAACCAGAGCCUGGCCGAGUGGAAGCUCUUCCUUUACAACCCGACCACCGGAGAGUUCCUGGGGCGCACUGCCAAGAGCUGGGGUUUGAUCUUGCUCUUCUACCUAGUUUUUUAUGGGUUCCUGGCUGCACUCUUCUCUUUCACGAUGUGGGUUAUGCUUCAGACUCUGAACGAUGAGAUUCCAAAAUAUCGUGACCAAAUUCCUAGUCCAGGACUUAUGGUUUUUCCAAAACCAGUAACUGCAUUGGAAUAUACAUUCAGUUCAACUGAUCCAGCUUCCUAUGAAGAGUACGUUAAAGAACUUAAGAAGUUUCUAAAUCCAUAUGGUUUAGAAGAGCAGAAGAAUCUCACAGCAUGUACUGAUGGAGUACUCUUUGAACAGAAGGGGCCGGUUUAUGUUGCAUGUCAGUUUCCUAUUUCCUUACUUCAAGAAUGCAGUGGUGGGAAUGAUCCUGAUUUUGGCUAUUCUCGAGGAAACCCUUGUAUUCUUGUGAAAAUGAACAGAAUAAUUGGAUUAAAGCCUCAAGGAGUACCAAGGAUAGCUUGUGUUUCAAAGGAUGAGAAGAUAGCAACUGUAGCAACUUAUCCUCCUAAUGGAGUUAUAGACUUAAAAUAUUUUCCAUAUUAUGGGAAAAAACUGCACGUGGGGUAUCGACAGCCAUUAGUUGCUGUUCAGGUCCUCUUUGAGCCUAACAGUACUGGGAAAGAAGUGACAGUUGAGUGCAAGAUUGAUGGAUCACCCAACCUAAAAAGCCAGGAUGAUCGUGACAAGUUUUUGGGACGAGUCGUGUUCAAAAUCACCGCGCAUGCAUAGUAUUAGUAGGAUAUCUCCACAGAAUAAAUGUUGUAUUGUCUGUCUUCGUUUUAUAUCAGCUGGACCUGCCAUUCUAGAAUUAUGAGACCAUCUUGGAGAAAGGUGGUGUGGUGCAUGACGCUGGGGUAGCAUCAGAACGUGCUUCCAGAUCGUAGUGCUCGGUGUCCUCUGAAGUAACUGCCUGUUGCCUCUGCUGUCCUGAACCAGUGUACAGUCACCAGAUAGGGACCGGUGAACACCUGAUUCCGAGCAUGUAGAAUGGGGGUCUCUCGUCCUCUUUUUGUGUGGUUUAAUUGCCAAGUGUCUAAAGCUUACUGUGCUGUGCUAUGUAAAUAUUUUAUGGAUUUAACACUGGUUAACUGUCAUGUUUUGAUGCCAACAAAGUUUUAGUGAUAAAAUGGUACCUGGCCAACAUCAAGUGACUUUAUAGCUGCAAGAAAUGUGGUGGGGGGGGGAGUUCUGUAUGUGAGGAAGAAAAAAUAAAAAAUAAAAGUGGAUUUGAAAGUGUUA